GAUGACGAAGGAAUGUAAAUUGGUAUAUGCGAAAUCUAAAGUCUACGUGCAUACCGGUAAAGAUACAAUAGCGGGUUAUCUUGCUUUAGUUGAUCGCACCGGCGAUCAGAAAUACACCGAGAAGGAGAACCUCCUAUUAAGUUGGCUGCCACAGUCAAUUAUACAGGAAAUGAAUGAGGAGGAUAAAUUCGUUAUGGUAGAAUCUACAAAUAAGCCGACAACUUUGGUCAACCCACCGCCAUCAGAUAGUGACAGUUAUGCUUUUAGUUUACCUGUCAAGGAAAUCUAUUCAAUGCUCGUCUAUCCACCUUCUAUAACGCAUUGGUAUGGUACUAUUACUAUCAAUUUGUUAGGUGGUGUCACACUACCUGCUUUACACUUCCACGACGACGAGAACAGUACAGCUUUGACCUCACCUCGACCAUCACUAAGUGAUAGUCUAUACCCUCCCAGUCGACACAUAUCCAGCACUUGGGGUGGCCAGGAAUUCCUCUUAUGUUUGAAGCUAUAUGUUACCCUUCUCCGCUCGCAAUUGGAGAACAGCUUGUUUUUAGUAGAACCAACUGAGAUGGACGCACAAAUACACUUACAACCCUUUCUCGACGAGAACGUUCUUGAGACAUCAACACCAUCAUCAUCAACACCGCCCAGACAUGGCCGACGGACUUCAAUUCUUCACUAUGCACUUAAUGCUCAUAAUAACCACAUGACUAGGAAUGCGACUCGUUUUAAUAACCACCAACACUCUCGAUCUGCUGAUAAUAUGCGUCAAUUAUUUCCAGAUAACGUCCUAGACGCUACGCCAUCUGUUGAUAAUCUCACAUCAGUUUAUAGGAAUACAAUUAGAUCUUUUGCAAAUAUCACUAACUCUGCUAAGCAGACAGCACAUAGUAUGCUUAGACAUCCACUAGCAAAGCCAAUUAUACCCCAUCUUCCAACUCCAGUACAAAGUCUUGCAGUCGCGAGUGGGAAUACAUCAAUGAGUGGGAAUACAGCUGGUGAAUAUGAUAGUGCACGUAUUUAUCUCGCUAAAUGGGCGAGAAGAGUAGCUGAAGAGGGUGACAAAAAUCGGUUGAAAGAGAAUGAUGUCCUUCGGUCAGCUGAUUUAGGGGUGUCUACUGAACUUGGUAAAUUUGAAUUGCUUGACAAAUCACAGGAGAAAACAACUAGAGAUCCAAGCAACCCUAUUACACUUGAGGAAUGGCAGACUUGGUUUGAUGGUGAUGGUAAACCUUCCAUCACAGAAUCUGAAAUGCUUUUGAGUGUCUUUAGAAGGUCCAUCGAAAGCUCAGCCAAGAUACAUAUUUGGCCAUUCAUCCUGGGUGUUAUUGAAUGGAAUACCACCGAGAAAGAGAGAAUAGCAGCCUGGAACAGACUGGAUACCCAAUACGCUCAACUCAAGGAUACCUGGAAGAACAAAAGUGUAUUUCACGAUAAAAAGGUAGCUGAAGAAAGACAUCGCAUACGCGUAGACUGUCUUCGAACAGACAGAAAUCUUCCGCUGUUUGCCAAGAGCGACACAGAACUGGAUGAGAUGGAGCUCGGUGUUGGUACACUUGACAGCUCGAGUGGUAGUGAGAGUGAACUCAGCGAUGACAAUGAAGGAACAUCUCAAGCGGUGUCUAAUGCCCACGUUAGAAGAUUGCAGGGUAUACUGCUUACUUACAAUUUCUACGAGGAAGGCCUAGGAUACGUGCAGGGAAUGUCAGACCUUUGCGCUCCUCUAUAUGUUAUCAGCGAAGCUAGCGGAUCUUGGACAUUCUGGUGCUUCGUUAGCGUUAUGAAUCGCACAAAGGAAAAUUUCCUAGCUGACCAGAGUGGAAUGUCAAGGAAAUUGAUCACACUUCAGGAAUUAAUCAAAGUCAUGGAUCCCGAACUCUAUAUUCACUUUGCAAAGAGUGAUAACCUCAAUAUGUUCUUCUGUUUCAGGUGGAUUUUAGUUAAUUUUAAGAGGGAGUUUAAUUUCAAUGAUAUUCUCACAUUGUGGGAGGUAAGUUAGCUUGUUAACCAUGUUAGGUGACUAAUUAAGGACAAAGGCUUUGUUUACUCGCCCUCAUUCGCAGCAUUUUGAGCUAUUCAUUGUUCUUGCUGUUCUCGAGUCUCAUAGGGAUAUUAUUUUGAAGUACUUGAUGGAGGUGAGUGUCUUUAUUUUUUUUAUAGUUCAUGUUGACACGUACCCAGUUCGAUGAGAUGCUCAAGGUGGGUUACUGAUGUGUAUACGUUACUCAAUUCUAACCAUUCUACUAGUAUUGCAAUGACUUAAGUGGUACGAUUGACGUUCAGCAGACUCUAAAUGCUGCUGAAGUAUUAUACGACAACUUUGUCAAACUCUAUGAGAGAUUGAAGGGUAAAAAGUUAUCAGAAAACCUCUCUAGACUCAUUUAACGAUUUUCAUGCUUCGAAUUUAUAGAGAUGAAUAUGUACUAGUAAUAUAACAAAGAGAAAAUAAUUACAGUGUUGUGAAACAUUCCAAGAGAAAAGCAAAAUUAGAAAUACACUCUCAACGCCAAAGAGGAUUGAGAUUCGAUAGGACAGUAUGGGCAUUUAACUCUACCACCACCUUUACUCAGUUUAGACAAGCUUUCAUUUGCAACUACGUGUCCGCAAGUGAGCAUCAUUGGUGGAUUACUCUCGCUCGUUUGUUCUUUGCUAAUUGGGCAAGUAAAGACAGAGUGGAAUUUGUAUUUGUCAUCUAAUGGGAUUUCAACUGGUAGCUCAUUUGAUUGUGACCAUUCUGUUCGUGUUUUUUGUAUCAAUUGAUUGAAUCUUGAUAGAAUUGGUAAUGCACGACCACCGCCUACAUCCAAACUAGCCUCAAGAUGAUCAAUCUUCGGAACGUGACUAACUGUACACCAGUAUUCUUCGAAAGUGGGCAAGAGUAACUUUUGAUGUAUAUCGUCAGAGGCGAGAUAAGCGUAUGGUGAAUUAGCGAGAUCCCUGAAUGCGAGACUUGCUAGUAAAGAACUAGCCUGUGAUGAAAACUGCUUUGAGGAUAAGUAUGGCGAUAUGUGUUCUUUAAAAUAGGUUAAACUCUCUAUUGAUGUGGCUUGUUGUAGAAAUUUCGACCUGUGAAGGUAGAAUAGGAGCGGCGAAUUGAGAGCAUCGAGGUUAUCUCUAUGAGAGUUUGCCCAGCUGAUUGUAUAUUAAGAGAAUGUAAUUAAAAAGCAAACAACUCACUCUAAUGCAGAUUCCAAGUUGUUUGAACGUAAAUCACUCAAAACGGCGUUCAAACUGAGUAAUUUGUCUAUAUAAGCUUGAUCGAAUGAUAUAUUAUAAACGUCGCAAUGCUCCUUAAAUACAUCAAACCAACCCAAUCUUAAUAAAUAAGUUGCAAUCGCCUUGUUGAGAUUUACGUCAUAAUUAAAUUGAAUGCUAUCCAAUUUAGAUUCAGAUUGCGAGAAAGCUUUGUCCAAUUUCUUUAGUAUUUUAUAAUUAUCUACCGUAGUUUUAUUUAUUUUAUCUAUAUUAUCUUUCGCUGCCGAUGGCUUAUUUUUAUUAGACUUUAGAUCUUCUAAUGAAUUUAUGAGAUUAUCUAAAUUAUUUAAAUUAGAUUUUAUUCUACUAUUUAUCGUAAUAUCAAUCACGCUCUCCAUAAAUCGUUUAACUUGGACGUCGACUAUCAAGUUAUGGAGUCUGCUCAGUCUAUUUCUAGCUUAAUCGAUAAAGGCGAUAACCUCCAGGAUGACAAGCUCGAUAACUCACUCGAUAACAGUCAGAUAAACGAUGAAAUAAGAAAAUCUAAUAGUUCACUUGAUAUGCACGUCGUACCAGAUCAUACGCUUGAUGGCGCUGCAGAUAAGACUCCACAAUUAUCCUACAAACCUCAUGAGGAUAGCUUCCACUCCUCAGAAGAGAAUCAACCAGUGGUGGAGGAGCAGACAGUGGAAUACUCUAAACGUACAUCCUCUAAAGAGCAAUCAACCAGACCAACUAGUCUACUUAUCAAUGACUUAGAGGCAACUGCAGCUAGAGGAUCUACAGAACCUCAUGCACUCGUAAUCGCAUCUUUGAGAGCUCAAAUUGAUGAACUAAACAGCCAAUUAAAUAGUUUAAACACCAAAUUAGUUAGAAACUUUGAGAAGUCUGAUAAUUUAGAGUAUGAGAUGGAUUCUACGAAGCAAGAAAUGUCCAGAUUACACAAUUAUAUUAAGCAAUUAGAAAAAGAGAAGGCUUCUAUCAAAGAAAGUCUCGAUAACGGGACACUCGUUGAACGAGAGAACGUUAUGCAGGAGCUCACGAGAAUGGUUGAUUCAAUUGUGACAGAGACUCAAAAAGCAACAACUGCACGUCAAGAUAAGGCUGCAAUUGAGCAAGAUCUCGAUGAUUUAUCAGCCAACCUCUUCGGAGAAGCUAACAGAAUGGUUGGUGUCGAGAGACUAAUCAAGGCCCAAGAAAUUGAACGGCGAAAAGUUGCAGAAGAGAGAUUAGCAGAGGCAGAAGAAGCUGUACGAUUGACCCAAAAACAGAUGAAUGAAUGGGUAGAAAGAGCUGAAAGAGCUGAAAGAACUACCAACAAUGAUCCACUUAUAAGUGAAGCAACUGCCACGACAAUCGUAACAACAAAAAUUAUAGACAACAACAUACCAUUUUUAGAGUUUUUAAGUUAUCUUACCACCCUUGCAAAUCUCAUUCCAGUGCGUCAGUCACAAUCAAAAGAUACACCACUUCCUGCCCUUGAUCUCGGACACGCCUUCCUUCGUAGAGUCUUAGAGGAAGACAUCGAACCAACCCUCAGACUGGAUCUUAGUAGAGCUUUCGGAUUAUUGACUAGAGGAAAAGUACUUUCUGCAAUCGUUGAAGGAAGUUUAGAAUUAGAGCCUGCUGCAAAAAAUGAAUUCGGUCCUGGAACUGAAUGUGCAUUAUCAGGUCGUUUACUUAUACCAGAAUCCACGAGUAAUGGAAUGAACAAAACAAAUUCACAAUCAUCUUUGUUUGGAUUUAGAAGUAACAGGUCUAUUACUUCAAUACCAACACCUCCAAUAACGGUAUCAUGUGAAAAUAUUUUCGUUUUCCGUUUAUCUAAUGCACCAAACGCUACUAGAUAUCCAGUUGAUCCGGUGUGGGCUUUACCUAGACUUAGAGCUACAUGUGAAUUUUGGAGAUAUAUUCGUACACUUCAGCAAUCUAUUAUUACCCUCAGUGGAGCGUUCAAACCACCAAAUGAUUGUCAGACUUUAAAGAAUGUUGGUGAAAAUGUAGUUAAUACCACUACUGGUGAGGAGAAGCGUACGACUAGAACAUUCUGGGGUAGCUUCGGUAGAUCCUCAUCACAACCUGCUUCUCCAUCUCCACUUGCGAAUCCACCAGUUUCGUUACCAGAACUUGACAAAGAGAAGAAGAAUGAGAAUGUUGAGGUUGACAAAGAUGAGAAGAAUGCCGAUGAUAAUCCAGAAGACAACUCUAAAAAAGAACAAAUUACGGUUGCUAAGGACGCGCCAAAUGAGUCAAAUGAGUCAAAUGAAGGAAUUUCACAGAAUGAAGCGAAUGGUGAUGUUGAUAAGAAGGAAGAAACUAAUAGUGAAGUAACCAACAAUGAAGUCAAAGAUACACCAAAUGAGACUAUAAUGUCCUCUCCACAACCACCACCAGCAAAACCAAAAAGAGGAAAGAAAGGAAGAGGUAGGAAAGGAACGGUGACAGGCGCACCUCCUGUAAUACCAGCCGAAAAGCCAUCAGAGGAGCCAUCAAUAAGUGAGAAUCCAACUGAAGAGAAUAAAGCAAAUGAAGACAAUAAAGAACCUGAAAAAGAGAACCCUGAAAGCAAAGAAACUGAAAGCAAAGGUGACGAUAAGGCAGUAACGAAUGACGAGAACGAAAACAAAAAUGCUUUAGAUCUCAAAUUAAACACGCCAGCAGAGACAUGGGAAAUGACAAGAUGGAGGCAAAUAUUGGAGCUGAAACACAACAUGUUUUGGGCUAGAGUGAAUGGAGAUCCUUCAGCAAUUUGAUAUCGUAAGAGAAAGAAAGAAGAAAUUUGUAUUGUAUUU